CACAAAAAAUGAGUUUCACUUAAAAAUAAUAUUAGACAUGACUUUCCUCAAAAUAGCCUCCUUUGGCAUUAAUUAAAAUUAGACGAAUUAUUGGAAAUAUCCAAUUAUUUUGCAAAUGAGGGUGGGAGAGAGAUGGAGGGGUAGUUCAAUUUACUGAAAUCUUAUCUACCUUAAGUUUAAGUUAAGUUUUUUUUUUUUAGACCAUUACAUAUACAUAACUAUAUAACAUUACAUUUGUAUUAAAUUUAGCACAUUAAAUUAAAAAUAAAAAUUACACUAUGUUAUUCAUUUGGCGUCACCACAAUUUACCUAGCAAUAAGAGGGGUCUCAUAGUGACAUUCUUUAAAUUCAGAUAGAAUAGUCUAUAUAAAAACAGAAAUUGUGCUAUUAUAGGCCUACGUUAGCCUUUUAUUGGCUGGGCCUACGUCAUAGUCCUACAAUAUACUGUCAGGUAGGCUAGGGCGCUAGGCUACAACAUAUUAGCCGCAAUGUAUGCUACUGAGGGAAAUAGCUGUGCCUAAAGAAAUUACUUUACGUUAGUCUAUAGGCCUAUACUGAAUUGAUUGAUCCGGGGGAAAACGGAUUUUCGACGUUGAUAUUUUGGCUGGUGCGUCUCGAUUUGUAUUUAGUAUCCCUUUUAUGUGGCGUGCAGACAGUCGUUUCCGUUUUGCGGGCAUUUAGUGAGUUCUGUGAGUUGUGCGUUUCCUGAGCUUUGUCACCUCAGCACUGUGAUUCCCACGGCCUCUGAAACUACUUAAAACCUCACUGCCUCCACUGUGGAGCAAUUCUGUCAUCUCCAUAUUUACUUUUUCAUAAGAUAAAUAAGUUGUUAUUACUUUAUUAUCCUAUGAAACGUACCCAUUCGAGUAUAAUCAACUUUGGCUUGCACGUACAGAUUAGAUCAUAUAAUAAUGAUUACAGCUUAAAUGAUGAUUAGCCUGUAUAUGUGUCAAUACUAUUGACAGUUUGUCUGUUGCUUUUAAUUAUAAUAAAAAUCUGAUAUAAUAAAGUAUGGCAAUAUCUUAAAUCCCUUUGGCAAUUUGUUUACCAUAGGUUGUUUGUGGGUAUUUUGUGGUAUUUAUGCAAUUUAUAGCACAACCAUAUUUCUACGAAAAGCGUUUAUUGUUAUUUUUCGACAAAAUGUUGCAUGACAUAUAUAAGCAAAUACAUUAUUCACAAAUGUGUAACACAGUAACCUCUUGACUAUCAUAUACAAAUUUAAAGGCCAUACAAUAUAAACAACAUCUGGAAAUGUCUCGUUUCCCUGUUGCAGGUGUUGCUUUGAUAUAGGUGUAAAUAUUUGCAGAUUUAAGUAAAGUAGCUCUAUUCAAAUUUGCUGUGGGCAAUUGACUUCAGACGGCACUUUCCUUCUUGACUGAUAUGGCCGCGUCCGACCAAUGACGAACAGGAAGGUACACAUCAAAGCAAAGUCCAGCCAACCAGCUUCUCUCCUAAGUCCCGUAAAGUGUCGUGACGGAGGUAUGAGACUAUUUAGCUGGAACUAAUCAGACUGAUGACUUCAAAUCAAUUCUCUGAUAAAUUUUUGUGAAACAUGGGAAUAUACUGCCUGGACUGAAAGUCGUAUUUACAGGAUACACUAGCAUUUUUGAUACAAAAGCUAGCCUCACCAUAAAGCCCUGGAGAUUUUGAACAGAAUGGCAUCCAGUACCAGCGAAUGCCCCGGGAAAAGUAUCCAGUACCGAGUUGACCAUCUCCUGAGCGCAGUUGAAAACGAAUUACAGGCGGGGAGCGAGAAGGGAGACCCCACUGAAAGAGAGCUCAAAGUCAGUCUGGACGAGAGGGAACUGUGGCAGAAAUUUAAGGAACUCACCAAUGAGAUGAUUGUAACCAAGAACGGCAGGCGGAUGUUUCCAGUACUGAAGGUGAGCGUAUCGGGGCUGGAUCCAAACGCUAUGUACUCAUUCCUGCUGGAUUUCGUGGCAGCAGACAAUCACAGGUGGAAAUACGUGAACGGGGAGUGGGUCCCUGGAGGAAAACCAGAACCACAGGCCCCCAGCUGCGUGUACAUCCACCCAGACUCGCCAAAUUUCGGAGCGCACUGGAUGAAAGCCCCUGUUUCCUUCAGUAAAGUCAAAUUAACCAACAAACUCAACGGAGGCGGACAGAUCAUGUUGAACUCCCUCCAUAAGUAUGAGCCCCGUAUCCACAUAGUGCGCGUCGGCGGCCCGCAGCGGAUGAUCACGAGCCACUCUUUCCCAGAGACACAGUUCAUCGCUGUCACCGCGUACCAGAACGAGGAGGUCACUGCACUUAAGAUCAAAUACAACCCCUUUGCCAAAGCUUUUUUGGACGCUAAGGAAAGAACUGAUCAUAAGGACAUUAUGGAUGACGUUGGGGACAACCAACAAUCUGGAUAUUCCCAAUUAGGUGGGUGGUUCAUUCCUAGUACAGGAUCUCUCUGCCCCCCAGCGAACCCUCACCCCCAAUUUGGAGGAUCCCUGUCCCUGUCUUCCUCCUCACAUGGCUGCGAUCGCUACUCUACCCUGAGGAAUACCCGCUCUGCACCGUACCCCAGCCCCUACACCCACAGAAACCCAUCGCCAACCAGUUACACAGACAACUCGUCAGCCUGCCUGUCCAUGCUGCCUGCUCAUGAGAACUGGUCCGGCCUGCAGAUGCCCACCCACUCCAGCAUGCUGUCCAUGGGUCACAGCACCAGCUCCAGCACCACCUCAACGCAAUACCCCAGCCUGUGGUCAGUGGGUAACUCCUCUGCCACCCCAGUGUCCCAGUCUGCCGGGAUGUCCACUGCGUUCAGCUCUUCUUUCCUACGAGGCUCCACCAGUCACUACCCAGGCCUGUCCCAUCCCGGCACAGUGCCCCCCUCUGGCUCCCCGCUGUAUGACAGCACUGUCCCAACGGACUUGCACGACGUGUCCCAGUACGAUAUCUCGCCCCAUGCCCGCCUAGCAACCGCCUGGACCCCCAUCACUCCCCCCUCCUUGUAGGGUGGUGCACUUCCUCAUGGAGACAGUUGCCCAGAGACUGAAUGAUUGUACCUGAGUUGCUACCGCAGAGACUGAAUGAUUGUGCUUGAGUUGCUACCAUAGAGACUAUGAUUGUGCUUGAGUUUGCUUGUGCUUGAGGUACUACCAUAGAGACUAUGUGAUUGUGCUCGAGUUGCUACCAUAGAUACUCUAUGGUACACUCUAAAAUACGUCAUUAGAAAAAAGCACAAAGAAUUCAGUACAACUACUGAUGAACAUGAUGAAGCAAACGGGACCAUAUAGAGCUCUUACCUACUUUCUUGAUGUGACAUGAACACAUUAAUAAGCAUUAAUUGUAUUUUACCCUCUGUGAUCAUGUUAACCUGAGAUAAUUAGCAUCUACUGGCACACGAACACCUGCUUUGUUGAGAGAAAAAUUAGACCAUAGAUGUAGUUUCUGUUUUCUCUCAUGCUUUCCCUCGGUUUUACUCCCUGACUGGGAAUUCCCUAAUCGCGCUCAGGGAUUGAUUGUCUUCCCUGUCACAUUAGCAUUGUGACACUCACCACGACCUCCAUCGUCGACUCAGGAGCGCACAGACAGUCAUGUGCUCACCUUCAAAAGCAUGUGUGAUGUUGCUGCUGCUGCUUACACAUAUGUUUCAUUUCAAGAGACCAUGGCAUUAUUAAUGCCUGUCCAGGUCUGUAUAAUUGAAGAGCCACCAUUUUGUUAUGGCUGCUUCCCAUACAUUUUGGCUCAACACUGUCUGAUUUUUUCCACCAUGAGAUAUAAUUUGAUAAUGGAUACAUCUUUUAAACAGGAGAUGUUGAAGGCCAUAUGAAACUGCCGUGGAUUAUUUAUACUGUAUGUUUGAACGUCUUUGUACACUUUUUGUAGCAUAGCACUUUUUGUGCUAAUUGUACAGACCAUCCCUUGCCUUGUCAAUAUUGUAAAUAUGAAUAUAAUUUGGUUUAUUUUAUUGUUAUGGGAAGGAUGAAAAAACUAUUUUUCGGGGAUUGUAUGUAAUUCAUUUAUGUGUAUUUUGUGUUCACAAGCCAGGAAAGAAAUAUCUUAUUGUAACGUUACUCAUGAGCUGUUACCAAAGUGAACAUUAAAGGGUCUUGCUACAGG